AUGGCCAACUUCCUCGCCUCCAUCUUCGGCACAGAGCUCGACAAGGUCAACUGCUCCUUCUACUUCAAAAUCGGCGCCUGCCGCCAUGGCGACCGCUGCUCGAGAAAACACGUCAAGCCCAGCUACUCGCAGACCAUCCUCAUGCCCAACCUCUACCAGAACCCGGCCUACGACCCCAAAAACCGCAUGAACCCGUCCCAGCUGCAGAACCACUUUGACGCCUUUUACGAGGACAUCUGGUGCGAGCUCUGCAAGUACGGCGAGCUCGAGGAGCUCGUCGUGUGUGACAAUAACAAUGAUCACCUUAUAGGAAACGUCUACGCCCGCUUUAAAUACGAAGACUCUGCCCAAAAGGCCUGCGACGACCUCAACUCGCGGUGGUACGCCGCCCGCCCUAUAUACUGCGAGCUCUCCCCCGUCACCGACUUCCGCGAGGCCUGCUGCCGCCUCAACUCGGGCGAGGGCUGCGUCCGCGGCGGCUUCUGCAAUUUCAUCCACCGCAAGAACCCGUCCGAGGACCUCGACCGCGACCUCACCCUCAGCACCAAGAAGUGGCUCAAGGACCGCGGCCGCGACGAGAGGAGCCCAUCGCGCUCGCCUACCCCCGAACCCACGCGUCGUCGGUACUAG